UGACGUCACGCGCGGCCAUUACACAGCGCGUUCAUGAGGAAGGUCGGAAGCUCGAGGAGCCAGCGGAAAACUGAACAGCGACGGACAGCAGACAUUGUCGAUAGAUAUCGUGUCUGAUAUCGCACAAACAAACGUGUAGAUACCAAUAGUCACCGUUAGAGAAUCGCGCGUUAUGUGAGGCGAUAUUUGUGUUGAACAGCAGUGUUUGCGGUUAGAUGCGCGUCGCGUCGGCCCUGCGCAGCGCGUGAGUGCGGCAGUAUUGGAUUAAAGUGGAUCGUUAUCAUAAAACAAGCUAUUAAUACACGAGGAAUCAGAAAAAAUAAGCGAUGGAUGAUAAAGUGUUUACGAAAGAGUUGGACCAGUGGGUCGAGCAGCUGAACGAAUGCAAACAACUGACCGAGAAUCAAGUGAGGAGUCUCUGUGAGAAGGCUAAAGAGAUUCUCACUAAAGAGUCCAAUGUGCAGGAGGUCCGCUGUCCCGUCACUGUGUGUGGUGAUGUACACGGUCAAUUUCAUGACCUGAUGGAGCUCUUUAGAAUCGGGGGAAAGUCACCCGACACCAACUACCUGUUCAUGGGUGACUACGUAGACAGAGGUUAUUACUCGGUGGAAACAGUCACACUUCUCGUUGCGCUAAAGGUUCGAUACCCAGAGCGCAUCACGAUAUUGCGGGGAAACCACGAGAGCAGACAGAUCACACAGGUGUACGGCUUCUACGACGAGUGCUUGAGGAAAUACGGCAACGCAAACGUCUGGAAAUACUUCACAGAUCUUUUCGACUACCUUCCACUCACAGCACUUGUGGAUGGACAGAUCUUCUGUCUGCACGGUGGUCUGUCUCCAUCUAUAGACACACUGGAUCACAUUCGUGCUCUGGAUCGUCUGCAGGAGGUCCCUCAUGAGGGUCCGAUGUGUGAUCUGCUCUGGUCAGAUCCUGAUGAUCGUGGCGGAUGGGGAAUCUCUCCUCGAGGUGCUGGUUACACCUUCGGCCAAGACAUCUCUGAAACCUUCAACCACGCUAACGGUCUCACACUGGUCUCACGUGCACAUCAGCUGGUCAUGGAGGGGUACAACUGGUGUCAUGAUAGGAAUGUUGUCACUAUUUUUAGUGCACCAAACUAUUGCUAUCGCUGUGGCAACCAGGCUGCGAUUAUGGAACUGGAUGACACGCUUAAAUAUUCAUUUCUUCAGUUUGAUCCAGCUCCUCGCCGUGGAGAGCCUCACGUCACCCGUCGCACCCCUGACUACUUCUUGUAAGAGAGCACUGGGCCUUUAAAGCAAGCGACAGCUUACCACUAUUCAUCCAGUGUGUGUGUGUGUGUAUAUAAUAGGGAGGGAAUAUGUUUGACAUGACAACACUAACACGGACCAAAAUGUGCCAUACAAGCAUUUAAUGCCCAAAUCCAAUCGCUCUGUUUCAGUACUGCUGCAAGUGUCUCGUUUUAGACUAUAGUACAAUUGCCUGCUGUAUACAAUGAAUUGACAUGUUCCCUUUAUUCUUCAUUGUACAAUACUCAAGAGUAAAACAUGAUAACUAGCUGUCUCUUAUCACAAUAUCACUGGAAUAAACCUCCUUUGUGUUGGCGAUGCCAGGCAUGUGAAAUACAGUAACAUUUUAUACAAGUGCACAAGCGUACAUAUUUUCCUUUCUUUUCACCAAAAAUACUAUUGGGAAGUAAAUGAACCUGAUAUGUCCUCUCAUCUGAUCCUCUACUUUCUUUUGUGUUGACUGUCUUCUGUGUAUUUGUCAAUAAAUGAUAGCCUCUUUGGUGUAUUUGAACUAAUAAAGGUCAUUUUAAUCGCAAGCUACACAAAACAAGACGCUAGUUGUGCUUUUGUUCAAAAUUGUUAUUUGAGACAUUAGCGAGUUAUUGUAUGGGGUUUUAUAUCAGGAAUUGAGUGGAUUCCAAAGUGAAACAUUAUUUGAUUUUUGAAAAACACUUUGGAAAAUGGAGUCAGGCCGAGUACCAAAACACACUUGUAGUCAGUCAACAUGUCUACUAACUGACAUCGUUGCCUGCAUUGUGUAGGUGUGUGGUGGGUCUAUCAAAAGAAAGUCCAGAUUCUAUUGGGGUAGGGACAUGUUUAUUUAGGUGAUUUUAAAUUUCAACAUCGGCUUUUAGAGAUCAUGGACCUUGAAGACAUAUCGUCCCCUUGGAAUUAUAAGGUUUUAUCUGACAUUAUCUGACUUUUUUUUUAAGUUGUGUACAUUUUGAGAAUUUUUAUUGAAAAAACAAAAAGGUUCUAUCUACAAAGUCGAACUCUAACUUGGCUCUAUAAGGUUCUAUCUGCGUGAGCGCUUCGAAUGCACAUAAGAUGACCAAUCAGGAUCAACUUUAUAUGUGGAAACUUGACUUGAGUAAUAUUACUACAUAAAGCUACUGUGUUUAAUAGAGGUAAUGUCAGGUAGGGGAGGAAAUGAUGUUGCAAGUGCACUAAUGAAAAUAUUUGAACGCGUUGUACGUGAUCAUCCACAUGCCACUAAGAUGAUAACAUGGAGUGAUAGUUGUGUGCCUCAGAACAUAAAUUCCAUAAUAGCCUUUGCUAUGGCAGAUUUUCUGACAAGGCAUCCUCAAAAAAAAAAAAAACUCCAGGCCACCCCGGAGUGCAGGAGUAGACAAUGUGCACCGCCAUAUUGAAAAGCCAAUGGCAGUGUCUGAAUUCUGUCUUUCCACACGUUUUACUGAAGGUGAUCAGGAACAACCCAUAUGAAAUCAUACAGAUGAGAGUAUAGAUUUGUAUGACUUUUAGGUAUGUUCCAAGCUGUUUCAGUACAAACCGGUUCCAUUUUCUGAAGUGUCACAUCUUGUGUUUGAUCAGUGUCCAUAUACUCUUCAUUACACAAAAUCACAUGCAGAGCCAAGAGUUAAAGUAGACCUAAGAGGACCAAGCAAACUCACGAGAAGCCUGGCACCUACAUCCAUAUUACCCAAACCAAGUGUACUCUCCAAACUGGGCAUCAUCUCAGAGGUCCAUGUUUAAAUUCAUGCACUAACAGAUAGAGAGUAUUAUAAGUCUGUGUUUUAAAAAAGAAGUCACAGAGAAUAUUAUAGUUCUGUGUUU